UACAUCCAUUCAUAUUGAUAAUGGAUAUGGCUCUCCAAACCCUCUUCCUCUUCUCCGUCCUCUUCUUCGCCUCCAAAGCAGUAGCCCAGCUAGACUUCUGCGUUGCGGACCUUUCAGCCCCGGCAACUCCAGCAGGCUUCCCUUGCAAAAACCAGGCAAAUCUCACUGUAGACGACUUUGUUUUCUCAUCAGCCCUUAUGACGAAGACCAACACCUCGAACCCAAACAAAGCAGCUGCCGCCGCGUUAUUCGUGACCCAGUUUCCGGCCCUCAAUGGGCUGGGCACAUCCAUGGCCCGCUUUGACUUAGACGUUGGCGGGGCCUUCCCCAUGCACGCCCACCCGGGCGCCUCGGAGCUCCUUCUCGUGACGGAGGGCACCAUCAACGCUGGGUUCAUCUCGUCGGCCAAUGCCGUCUACUCCAAGACUCUUGAGAAGGGUGAUGUCAUUAUUAUCCCUCGAGGGCUAUUGCAUUAUGCAAUGAAUCCUGGUAAGAGCCCCGCUGUGGGCAUUGUGAGCUUCAGCAGCCCGACCCCGGGACUUCAGACGACGAACAGGGCGCUGUUUGGGAACAACUUACCCACCGAGGUGGUUCAAGCUACCACCUUCAUCGACCAAGACCAGAUCAAGAAACUGAAAGCAGCUUUCGGCGGCACGAAUUAAUUAAGUUCUCAAUUCUUUGUGAUUACAUGGCUUUAUAUAUUGUUCUAAUUCACCUCUAAAAGGUAGAUCUCUUUGAUGCAAUAAGUUUAACGUUUCGAUGUGUUCACAGAUGGAAUCAUAA